CGGCGCGAGGCCGGGAGAUGUCACACGGCCGACUGCUGCUGCUGCACCAGCCGCGUCUGCUGCUGCCCCCCGCACCGCUGCCCUGCCUGCUGCUGCCGCUGUCGCUGCUGCUGUCGCUGCCCUCCCUGCUGCUGCUGCUGCUGCCCGGCGGAACGUUGGCAGCCGUGGGGCCCAUCUACUGGAACGCUUCAAAUCCGCAGUUCCAAAUGGAUCAGGGAGUGAUUGUGUUUCCAAAGAUGGGUGACCGCCUGGAUAUCAUUUGUCCUCGAUUACCAGGAGCAGCAGCAGCAGUGUCAUCAUCAUCAUCAUCAGCAUCAUCAGCGGCAACAGGAUCUAGAGUAUCAUCAUCGUCAUCAAAAAAAUCAUCGGCAGCAGCAGCAGCAGCGUCAUCAUCAGCAGCAGCAGCAGGAGGAUCGCAAAUAUCAUCAUCAUCAUCACCGAAAAGAUCAUCAUCGUCAUCAUCAUCGUCGUCAUCAUCGGAUCACAACGCAGGAUCUGACCGUCGUUCAGCCGGGAACAUGAUGGACCCGAAGAAAACAUCUCGCGUUGAGACGGACGACGACAGCAACGACGAGAAGGACGAGUUGCAACAGAAGAAGGUGGAAGAGGCGGAGGAGGAGGUGGAGGAGGUGGAGCAUGGCGAGGAGGGGGAGACGUACCGCCUGUACAUGGUGGGUCGCGAAGAGGCGCGGGAGUGUGACGCGCGGAGGGCUCGCAACGCGCUGCUCACGUGCGACCGGCCGGGCGUCGAGGUCAAGUACACCAUCAAGUUCCAGGAGUACAGCCCCAGCGUGCUGGGACUCGAGUUCCGCUCGGGACGGGACUACUACAUCAUCUGUGAGUAGCGCGCGCGUCUGUGUGUCUGUCUGUGUGUCUGUCUGUGUGUCUGUGUGUCUUUGUGUGUGUCUGUGUGUCUGGGCAAAGUCCCAUCGGUGAGCUCCUCCGGCAGGCAAGGCUGCGUUGGCUGGGUCAUGUAGCCCGCAUGCCCAGCCACCGCAUGCCUGAACAGCUUUUGUUUGGCCGGAUCGAGGGUGCUAAAUGGGCGCGGCACGGGCUAGA